UUGAAAAAUGUGUUAUUCUUUUAGAUGUGUAUAACAUUUUUUUAGCAAAAGACGACCCAGUCACCGGACUGAGUUGCAUGUCUGCUAUGAUUCGGAAAUAACGCGAAAUUACGUUUAAAACUUGUUAAUACGGAAAGUACGUUUCAAACUUAUUGAUACGGACAUUACGGUUAAAACUUAUUGAUACGGAUAUAAAGUUUCAAACUUAUUGAUACGGAAAGUACAUUUAAAACGCUUUAUACUUAGAGUAAUCCCAAUAUAAGAAAUGUUCACUGACUGAAAAAAUAAUCUUUAGACAGUAUCUAGACUUGACGGUUUCUCUGCAAACGGUGACACGGAAAUAACUAUACUGGAACUACUCUUUACACAUUUCACUGACUGAAAAACAUAGACUAAAACGGUUUUCUUUAAAAUAAUUCUGAACUAACGUUAUUGGAACCGCAUGAUUGUCACUUACUGAAAAGAAAUCAAACAUCACAUAGAUUUAACGGUUUCUCGGAGCAUCUAUGAUGUUUCUGGAAUGACGUUCGUCGAACUACUUUAUACAGACAUUUCAAAGACUGUCAAGAUGUCAGAGGAAACCUAGACUAUAAAGGUCCACGAAAAUGAUUCGUGAAUAACGUUAUUCCGUAAUUAAAACAUUUAAUACGCACAUAGUUUUUCCUAUCUUGAAAGGAAAAAAACCCGCAACUCAACAGCAAUGAUUCGUUCAAGUCGGAUGUCGUUUUACGAUAAGGAGAUUCUGAAAGAGCUCCGUCUGCUGGUUGAGACGACGGACCCUCUCUACAGGGGCCAGAAGAAACUGAAACUCCGGGGGAAGGACCUGCAGUCCGUUCCUCAGGUGUUAUUCACUAUGAUGGAUCUGGAGGUCCUUGACUUGAGCCCUGCUCGUGAAUCCUGCCUCGCCUUCCGGUUACCGCUGGUUCCCCCAUCCAUCGGGAAGCUGAUAAAUCUAAAGGUGCUGCAGCUGGACACCAAUGAGUUGCGCUCUCUUCCAAAGGAGAUAAGCUUACUGCAUAGUUUGGAGCGUCUGUCGCUUAGCAACAACUUCCUUGACACCCUGCCGCACGGCAUAGCGCGGCUGAAGAAGCUGCGGAGCAUCCAUAUGGCGAACAACAGGUUUGAGGCAUUUCCGUUGGAGGUUUGCGAAAUUGAGUCGCUGGAAUUUUUGGACCUCAGUGACAAUCAUCUGGUUUCCAUACCAGAAUCUAUUUCGAAACUUGACAACCUUAGAACUCUUCUUCUGUGCUAUAACAAAAUUAUACAACUUCCAGAAUCAUUGUGUGACCUGGCGUACCUUGAAUGCCUUUGGCUCGGACACAACCGCCUGAAAUCUUUGCCCCAACAUUUUCACAAACUCAGACGCAUAGAGUGGGGUCUCAGGUACUCCUCAAGCGUUUUGGAGUACAACCCUUUGGUACAUCCGCCGAUAGAGAUCUGCCGAUUAGGACCGGCUAAAAUUAAGGAAUAUUUCGACGACUUGAACGCUGUAAGGGAGAUAAAUACGCCGGAUUUCGAGAAAGACGAAUACCAUGCGAACGAGACGGAAUCAGAACUAGGGGAGAUCACCGCGGAUACUCCAAUCGAGGAUGUGAUGAAGAAUUUUAAAAUUAAGGUUACCUCCCCUGAUGGCAUUGAGGACGAAAUAAAAGCCGAAGACUGAACUAUCUUGACGAAUAUAACUGUUAUUUGACUUAAAAGCUUGUAUUAUAAGCAUAGAAAACAGUUCGGACAGUCCGGAACAUCGCAUAUAUCUCAUAUAACACUAUAAAACGUAAACCAAUUCUGAUACCUUAGGCAUGGUUUAAAAAGCCAACAUCAAUGCCUUAUAGUUAUAGUUGUUGUAGUUUAAAUAAUA